AUGGCGGAUCAACUCAACAUGGGCGGCCUCAACCUUGGCCCCGACGGCCAGGGCCCCGGCCAGCCGCGAUCUUACAUCCCGCCUCACAUGCGCAACCGUCCUGGCCCCCCCGCCGGACCUCCCGCUGGCCCUCCCGCUGGAGUUCCUGCUGGUCCUCCGAUGAACGGCGCUCCCGCUCCUAAUGGAGCCCCCAACGGAGGCCCCAACGGACUGGGCAACAGUGCCUGGGCUGCCAACCAGCCCGCCCCGGCUUACGGUGGCCGUCAAGGCGGCGGCAACUGGAGCAACGGCGCUGACGCACCCCCCGCCUUCCAGGGCGGCAACCGCCGCGGCGGCUGGGGUGGUGGCCGCGGAGGCUACUCUGGCGGCGGUGGCUACGAGGGUCACGGCAGCUCUGCCCGUGGCUCUGGCGACGGACAGUGGCGCGACGGCAAGCACGUCCCUGGCCCGGCUAACCCCCGCGUCGAGCGCGAGCUCUUCGGCACCCCGGACGACCCUUCGAAGCAGCACACCGGUAUCAACUUCGAGAAGUACGACGACAUCCCCGUUGAGGCUUCCGGCCACGAUGUCCCUGAGCCUGUCAACCAGUUCACCACCCCCCCGCUGGACGAGCACCUGUGCCGCAACAUCGAGCUGGCUCACUACAAGGUGCCCACUCCUGUCCAGAAGUACUCCAUCCCCAUCGUGAUGGGCGGCCGCGACCUCAUGGCCUGUGCCCAGACUGGUUCUGGCAAGACCGGUGGUUUCCUCUUCCCCAUCCUCUCGCAGGCCUUCCUCAACGGUCCUUCUGCUGUCCCGGCCGGCGCUGCUGGCCAGUUUGGUCGCCAGCGCAAGGCCUACCCCACCUCGCUGAUUCUGGCCCCCACCCGCGAGCUGGUUUCUCAGAUCUACGAUGAGUCCCGCAAGUUUGCCUACCGCUCCUGGGUCCGCCCUUGCGUCGUCUACGGUGGUGCCGAUAUUGGCUCCCAGCUCCGCCAGAUCGAGCGCGGCUGCGAUCUUCUUGUUGCUACCCCCGGCCGAUUGGUGGACCUCAUAGAGCGAGGCCGCAUCUCCCUCUGCAACAUCAAGUACCUCGUCCUCGACGAGGCUGACCGCAUGCUUGACAUGGGUUUCGAGCCCCAGAUUCGCCGCAUUGUCGAGGGUGAGGACAUGCCCAUGGUCGCCAACCGCCAGACUCUCAUGUUCUCGGCCACCUUCCCCCGCGACAUCCAGAUGCUCGCCCGCGACUUCCUCAAGGACUACAUCUUCCUUUCCGUCGGCCGCGUUGGUUCGACCUCCGAGAACAUCACGCAGAAGGUCGAGUUUGUCGAGGACAUUGACAAGCGCUCUGUCCUCCUCGACAUCCUCCACACUCAUGCCGGCGGCCUGACGCUCAUCUUCGUCGAGACCAAGCGCAUGGCUGAUUCGCUCUCCGACUUCCUCAUCAACCAGAACUUCCCCGCCACAUCUAUCCACGGAGACCGCACCCAGCGCGAGCGUGAGCGUGCCCUGGAGUUCUUCCGCAACGGUCGCUGCCCCAUCAUGGUGGCUACUGCUGUUGCCGCCCGUGGUCUUGAUAUCCCCAACGUCACCCACGUCAUCAACUACGAUCUCCCCACCGACAUUGACGACUACGUUCACCGUAUUGGUCGUACUGGUCGUGCUGGUAACACGGGUAUCGCAACUGCCUUUUUCAACCGUGGAAACCGGGGCGUCGUUCGGGAGCUUAUGGAUCUCCUGAAGGAGGCCAACCAGGAGGUUCCGCCCUUCCUCGAGGCUAUUGCCCGCGAGUCUUCCUUCGGCGGUGGCGGUCGUGGCGGCCGAUCCCGCGGCGGCGGCGGUCGUGGCGGCAAUGCCAACCGCGAUUUCCGCAAGUUCGGCGGCGGCGGCGGCGGCGGUGGCGGUGGUUUCGGCGGUGGUUUCGGCGGUGCCCCCCAGAGCGCUGGCUACGGCGGCGGUGGUGGUUUCGGCGGUCCUCAGGGAGGCUCCGGCUACGGCGGCAGCGGUGGCUACGGAGGUGGUGGCUACGGCGGCGGCGGCUACGGCAACCCUGGUGGCGCCGGCUCCCAGUCUUGGUGGUAA